AAAUAUCGUCCACCAUGUUCACCGUAAACAAUCCCGACCGGCUUAAGCUGCUGCAUCACACCGAGGAACAGCGUAAUCUAAAACCGGGACAAUGUAACAAAUUCCUGCACGUUGUAAUCGAUCCGGACUUUCUGGAGGCGCCACACGGGGCUCAGGUACUUUCGAAGCUUACCGAACUCGGAUGCCGGUACGAACUGACGCCUCAACCUGUACCCUGCACGAUAACCUUUUACCGUACCAUGGCGGCUAAACUGACCGCCGAUGGUGCCCUGUCGGACACGAAGUUUGAUGAACCGUUUGCCGUUCAUCUGCUCGACGGCGGCACAUUCGUUACAUCCGUGCGCAACCGUCAGCUACUGGCCACGGUACGAAGUGUGAAGGAACAGCUUCCGAACCGUCGACUGAGUUUGGUAGUUUUCGGACUGGUCAGCUACUGCCGGGUACAUCGUGGUUGCGUUGGACGACGAGAGACGGAACAAGCGCUCACGGAGGUGCAACUGUUCGAGGACACAUCCCACCAGCUGCUGGAAACGGACGAACAGGUGGCAAACUUCGUGGCCCAACUGUCACGCAGUAUCGCGGAACGACCUUACAAGCAGCAACAGAUGGACAAAUACAGCUCCGAACAGGUGUACCUUGGCAAUGAGAAGAAAGGAUGCGUACGCGUAGAAGGUACGGCUGGACUCCAGCAACUCUACCAAGCGCAACUCAUCAAAAUUCCUUCGGUUACGCUGGAAAUAGCGGAAGCUAUCAUGAGCGUUUACCCAACGCUUAACUCACUGCUGCAAGCGUUCCGAAAAGCCGACCAGGAAGCACCCACCCUGCUGUCAAACAUUUCGAUCCGCAGAGCCGGUGGACCGAUUACAACAUCCAACCGACGUAUCGGUCCCGAGUUGAGCCGCAAAAUUUACUUGAUGUAUGUUUCGAUGAAUCCCAAACAAGAGCUAUGA